AUGAACGUGACAUUGGGAGUGCCCAGAAUGGAGGAGAUUAUCAAUGCGACCAAAAACACAUCUACGCCCAUCAUAGAGGCACCGCUUACCGCUAAACUGAGCGAAAAACACGCACGCAUAGUCAAGGGAUCCAUUGAGGAGACUCGGCUGGGCCAAAUAGCCUCCUAUGUGCAGGAAGUGUUCAAGGAGAAGGAGUGCUACAUUAG